AGGCCAUACUUUCGCCCACACCACCUGUUGCCAUUCUUAUUGACGACUAAGGGUCCUCGACUUGUGAUCUUCACUGGGCACGAGCUUCUCGCCCACUUGCUCCCAACCCAAUUCACGAUAUCGUAACGAGAACCAGUAUCUACCGAUUCGAUCCGUUCUACACCUAGCCAAGGUAGCCAUCCUGGGCACAGAGGCAUCUGGUCGCUGCCAUGUUCAACACGACAAAAUCGCUUUCCUCUUUGAAGGGCGUCUUCCCUUCCAUUCACCAACCUCUACCUCUUUCUCGUGCCGAAUCUCAGAAGCUCCUCAAUGCACUCAAGACGUCCUUUCGAUCGAAUCUCGAUCGUGAACAUGGCUGGGGUCCCGAUGAACCGACGUUGUCGCCCAACAAGUUGUCUAGUCCAACAGUAUCUGAGCAGUCCGGCAUUCAUCAACACCACAGACCUACCGACCAGCAUCUCCGCGCCAUCCUCUCGAAUCCGCUGUUCAAGAAGGGUAUCCGCACAACCCCCCGCGCAGACGCAUUACAAAAGGAUCCGAUGGAAGUCUUCGACAAGGCUGUCGCGCGAGGCAUGAUGAAUCGGAAGGCGGCAACAGGGUGCCUGAUGGCUAAGCAUCACCAGGUUCUUCAGUCAAGUCCAUUGUCCAUACAAGGUGCUAUCUUGGAAUCGGCAGCUGGCCUUCGAGUUCUUGAUUGGUUACGGUCUUCCGGCGAGGAGCGAGAUGGUGCGUUUCUGGGGGACGCCAGUUUCCUUAAUGCUCUCAUGCGAUUCCUCGUUGCGGAAGGGCACGAGGCCGUUGUGUGGGAAUGGGCAGAUCGCUUGGCGAGACAGGACGGACCGUCAAUACCGGAGGAUCCUCGCGGCACACAUCUCAGUUUCAUUCUAACAAGCCUCAUCAAGACGAAGGCCAACGGCUCCGAUGACAGGAAUCUGAACAGUGCUUAUGCGACCAUCCUGAGGGUCAACGACAGGUGGAAAUCGGACAAGAACUUGCCGCAGCUUCUAAGCCAUGCUUGGCGGUCACUGUCUUGGUACUCAACAGUCGAAGCCUGGAACAGGCCACGUCCUUCCGAAGCACUGUUCGACAAUUACGUUGCCUUGGAACCGGAAUUAUCCCAUCCAAUGUCCAUUGAUCGUGCGCAUCUCGACCUACACCACCCCACCCACCCAAGCUUCGAGCGCGCACUUCACUUCUUCAAAACGGACAAGCUUGUUGUGCCGCCUCAACCAAGCCUUGUAGGAGCGAAACGGGCCCCGAACGUUCAGAGAUUUAUUGCGCGCAUAACAUCAAUGGGCAUGGAUACGGCGAAGCAUCUAACAGAAAUUGGGCGCACUGACGAUGCUCAAUGGGUGUUGCAGCUUCUGAAAUCGAAGCUUUCCGACGAGGCGAUGGAUUAUGAGCGGUGGCGGGUUGUAUGAGUAUAUGUCUUCACCACCUAGGACGUAUCUUGCCAGGAUUGCAGGACGCAUUUCUUUUUAACCAUGAUACCCACGAAUGUCCAGCGUUUUCUAUCUCCA